AUGGGGAAAGUAAUGUCGAUGGCGCGUCGGUUUAUAAUGAAUUAUAACGUAGAAGAAAGAGCUAUGAAAUAUAUGGAGGUGAACAAAAAUGUUUUCAAGGCUCCUCCUAAGCAUCCGGGAACCGUUUCAAUAGUGGACGAACGAUAUGAGAAACUAUCAGCGCAUAAUCCAGAAUUGGAUAAAAAUGUUAACUCUUUAGGGAUAGUAGCAAAGUCUUUAAAUAAAGGCAUAUUACCCGAAGGUAUGGAAUACGUUAGCAAAACAACGCGCAAGCUACCACAGAAGUAUGCUGGCAUCUAUCCUUAUCCUCCACCCAGUGAAGACUUUGGUUUCGUUGUUCCAGAGUCGGUUCCAGAAGGAAGACUAACAAUGCGUCAAGCCGUCAAACUUAUAGCGACUCAUCAGAAAAGCGCUGCAGAUAUUGAUAGUUUAAGUGAAUUGUUUAGCCUUGACAAAGAGAAAACUAAACAAAUCCUUGACUACUUUUCGUUGUUUGAAGUCCCCGAUAAAGGUAUUUGGACUCCUCCUUCAAUGCAACAGUCCGAACUGAAGUUGUUAGAUGAGGCUGUAUCUUACGAGCAAAAUGACCUGGAGGAUUUGGGAGGAAAUGAAUAUAUUCAGCGAAAGACAGUGUUAAAGCAGUUGAAUAGAAAAUAAAUGAACCGCUUUUGUUCCCUAUAAAUAAAUAGUGAAUACAUGCUUGCGUGCUGACUCUCACUCCUAUGUAUGAUUAUAAGCCUUUUGUUUCUUCAUAGGAAUGCGUGCGCUGAAAUCUUAUUAUCGUAUUUACCGGCUUUGUGGUGUACCUUGUUUCCCUACACCUGUUUCUCGUUCGUGUGCUGUCAAACCAUCAUGGUUGCCCGAAGAUCUUACA